GACACUGUGGAGAGAGAAAGCAGGCAGCGAGCAGAGGCGACUCGCACACCAGCCUCCUUUCCGCACGCAAGAGGGAACAGAGAUUCUGUUCAGUUCGGGGUAGCCCCAAUGCCCGGUCCCACCCAAGCACUGUCCCCCAAUGGAGAGAAUAACAACGACAUCAUCCAGGACAACGGCACCAACAUCAUCCCCUUCAGGAAGCACACGGUGCGAGGGGAGCGCGCCUACAGCUGGGGGAUGGCGGUCAACGUGUAUUCUACCUCAAUAACCCAGGAGACGAUGAGCAGACAUGACAUCACUGCCUGGGUUAACGACAUACUCUGUUUAAACUACACAAAAGUUGAACAGCUCUCUUCAGGCGCAGCCUACUGCCAGUUCAUGGACAUGCUCUUCCCAGGCUGCAUCAGCCUGAAGAAAGUGAAAUUCCAGGCCAAGCUGGAGCACGAGUACAUCCACAACUUCAAGCUUCUGCAGGCGUCCUUCAAAAGGAUGAACGUCGACAAGAUUAUUCCGGUGGAGAAACUGGUGAAGGGCCGGUUCCAGGACAACCUCGACUUCAUCCAGUGGUUCAAGAAGUUCUUUGACGCCAAUUACGACGGCAAGGAGUACGACCCGGUGCAAGCCAGGCAGGGACAGGAUGCCAUCCCGCCCCCGGACCCCGGCGAACAGAUCUUCAACCUGCCCAAGAAGUCUCACCAUGCAAGCUCCCCCACCGCAGGUGCUGCCAGGUCAAGUCCAGCCGCAAAACCCUCAACGCCGUCAUCCCGACCCUCAUCUGCUAAAAAGGCACCUGCAGCAACCACUCCUGCCAAGGGGGAAAAGGAGUUAGAAGCGCAGGUCCAGCAGCUCAAUGAGCAGGUGAACUCGUUAAAACUGGCACUGGAAGGGGUGGAGAAGGAGCGGGAUUUCUACUUCGGGAAGCUGCGGGAGAUCGAGCUUCUGUGCCAGGAGCAGGGGCAGGACAGCGCCCAGUUCGUGGAGCAGCUCAUGGAGGUCCUGUACGCCACAGACGAGCAGGCAACGUUUCCCCCUGUAGCCAGUGAGCGCGCGUCUGAAUUCCUGCUUCGCUCUGAUCAACUUGGAUUAAAUGGAGGGGGUUUCUCCGAACCACAGCAGGAGGGCGGAGGGCCAAGUCGGGAUUUAAAAAUAACUGAGGAGGCGGCAGGCGAGCAUCACGAAGACCAGGAUCAGCAUCCCCACGAGGAGGCGCAGCAGCAGGAGCAGGAGCAGGAAGAGUACUGACCACAGCCCCCCCCGCCCCCCCCCCUCACCAUCGCCCCCUGCAUUUUGUGAGAACUUUUUUAUGCUUUUUUUUUGUCUUCUCCUGAAGAACGCGCACAUAGGUGGCCUCGAGAGAAGAGGGUUAAGUUCGGUCCCAUCGUUAAACAUUCACGUGCUGCCGCGACUGUCGGUUCAAUACCUGCAUCUGGUUUUUUUUUUUCCGAUCGCUUCGUCAAGAAGCAGCAGUCAGCUUUGAGCAAUGCUGGAUGCUUCCAGGGCUGUGUGGUCCAGCCACUGCAGCAUGGAGAAGAUUUGUUCAGAGCUCAGGUAAGGGGAUACAUUGACUUUAGGACAGAUAGUGAACGUUAUUAGCUUGUCAUCCAUUGCUGUAAGCUAUAAAAUUCACUCCUUAAUUUUUUCUUUACAUUUUCACAUAUCAGUUCAUUGAUAUUAUUGAUGAAAGGCAAUAAGCCUGGCCAAAAGGCUAGUUCUGACUCAUCUAUGUCUCCCUCGAGAAGCUACUGCAAGAAGCUUCAUUGUGGGAAAACCAUGCUCUCAUAGGUUUGCAAAUAAAAUAGCUUUGCAUACAGAAAGUUGUGUAUGUUAAUCAUUAGAAGUGACUUAAUUUGUUUCACAUGAGGGAAAAUAAAAUAGACGUGCUCUGAAGAAAUCUACUGCAGCCACGAGUCUUUCAAUCAGGAAGCAAAAUGAAGAUGUAUGAGAUUCACUGUUGUAGACUUUGUAAUCACAAGUUCCGGGAUGUAACCUGUAAAUUCAUUUAUAAGAAAGCCACUUGUAUUUUAAUUUGUAACCACAGGUCCAGGGAAGUCGUGUUACUAGUACGUUCACGUUGGGUGAUUUACCAUAAUACAGUAUUCCAGUAAACUGUUUUUUAUUAAUUUUGUUUUUCCUAAGUAUGCAUUUGCUGUUACUUUAACUCAGUAGCUCACCAUCAUGCUUUGGUUAUACAGUAUAUUACAUGUAAACUGAAAAGGAAUGUAAACAAAUGUACUGUUUAUAGUUAUAAAUAGCAAAGAAGAAAAAGUAUUGGGGAGCCCUUAGAUGCAAGAGAUGUCUUACUCAGAUGUAUCUCAUUUUACGUUACCCACAAUUUGUUGCAUGGUAGAAUUGGUAGACUCUUUGUCUUUGAUUAUGUGAAUAACUUGACCUGCUUUUAUCUUUUUACAUAUUUAAUAAAAAACUAUAUGUUAAA